CUGUAAUUGUUGCUAACUUUGAGCCCCGCGUGAAAACUUUCUGCCCUCCCCCUUUUGCACUCCCUCCCUCCGUCCUUCUUCCUCAGCCAAUCCAUCCGUUCCUCGUUGAUGUUACAGCGGUGAUGGAGAAGCAGAGUUACCGCCACCGGCGCCGCUAACCUCCGUAACAACACAGACAGCAGGACGAAGAAAACGAGAGGGAUAACGGAUACACGGAGCGGAAGGAGAAGGAUGGAAACCGUGGAGCAGCUCGUCUCCUUCCACCACAUUCAGGUCCAGUUGAGCGGGGGCGCGCCUUGGGGGUUCACGUUGAAAGGAGGGCUAGAGCACGGGGAGCCGCUCAUCAUCACCAAAAUCGAGGACGGAGGGAAGGCUGCCCACUGCAAGAAGCUGAAAGUUGGUGAUGAACUCAUUAACAUAAACGGAUCCCCCCUCUACGGCAGCAGACAAGAAGCCCUGAUUCUCAUUAAGGGAUCCUACAGGAUACUGAAGCUCACAGUCAGGAGACGUAGUGUCCCUUUCAUCAGGCCUCACUCCUGGCACCUGGCAAAGCUGUCGGAGCUGCCCUUCCCUCCCCCUCCCCCUCCCCCCCCGUCCCCUCCUCCAGCACCACCCUGCCUCCCCACUGCCGACUCCCCACCUCUCCCCCCUCCUCCACCCCCCCCACCUGCCAUGCAGCUCCACCCCGGCCCUUACACACUACCCUGGCACACGACUGACAGCAGCGAUUUGUCCAUGCAGUGGAGUCAGCUGUCCAGACCUUACUCCUCCACUGACCGAAGCAGCUCCCUGGGCUCCAUGGAGAGCUUGGACACACCUACACCCACCACGCAGCCAUACUCCGACUCCCAUAAUUCACCAGUCGAUCCCACCCUCUUCAACAAUAAGAGAGACUCUGCCUACAGCUCCUUCUCCGCCAGCUCAAACACAUCUGACUACGCGACAGUCCCUCUGAGACCCGGUGAAGCCAACUCAAUGGAUAACCUCUUGUCUUGUCAAGGCUACCCUGUUAGAGACACCUCAACCCUUUGCGAGACACCUAGUGAGGGCAAAGAUGAGGCACCGCUGAUCACACAAAAGUCCAGAUCACUGACUAGGCCGAGACCAAGGCCCAUCGAGGUAAAAGAGAGGCCCUCGUCCUGCUGCUACGAGCAGGAACGGAGGGGUGGAGGCUUUGAGAUUCUAAGAAAUGGAGAAACAGGAAUGGAAAGAAAAAGGAACCCUCCUCAGCCUCCAACCAGAAAAGAUAGUUUUAGGGCAACCCGGAGUCAUCCCAAUUCCACCAACCCACGUUGUGCUUCUGCUCCUAUUGAAAGUUCUGGUGUUUCUUCUUAUUAUGAAGAAAACAAGCUCUCACUUAAUCUUGAAUCAGGAAUGCAUAAUGGCUUCCCUGCACCAGGAGGAGGUCAAAGUGGGAAUUUCGAGAAGGAUACUUUAGAUACACACUGUAUCCAGACGGAAGAUAUUAGAUUUAUAAAAUGUGACACUAGUGCUCAUAAAGACUACAACUCAGAGAGCACCUCAGAAAACCUCUCUGAACCACUGACAACUUCCUUAAAUCCCAACCUCCCCUCUGAUUCUGACACCUUGCCUGCAGAAGCCUCCACCGAGGUUCAAGAGCAGUCCUGCAUCUCCCACACUCAGACCAAGCACUGCUCUACUGUGCUACACAGGCACAGCGCUCCCGAGAAGCUCCUUGCUACACAACUUCAAUUGCUGCAGUUUAACAGUGACAGCCCUUCUGUGGAACCAUGCAGUCUAUCAAACCCUUCUGAGCCCUCUUUGUCUCCCUGCAGCAGCCAGUGGUCCCCUUCAUCACUUCAGCCAAUGAGUGAACACCAAGAAGCUUCUCAAAACCACCUUCAUGCCACGUCAAACAAAUGGGGAGGUAGCCGAUGCUCAACCCCAGGAUCUGUGUUCUUCGAAGGAGAUGGAGAUGACAAAGAUUCAAGAGAGAGGCUGAAUGUGAAUGGCGGUUCUUUCACACCGGAUCAGCAUCACGUGCCAUGGGGUCGCUCUGUGAGCGUGCCAGGGGAGAGCACAGGAUCGUCAGCACAGGAAAGACUGAGCUCUGAGCAGAUGCUUGAGCGGGACUUUGAGCCUCUUAGUGCUGCUGCAAGUAUGGAUACCUUACUGGAUGAGCAAAGAGCAGUGGACAGAGGAGAAGGUGAAGAAAAAAAACCAGAAGUUGUAGAAGGUGAGGCAAGUGCAAAAAAGUCCAACUCUUCCAGGAACCAUCGAAGGAACCGCCGGCGAAGCGAGAGAUUUGCCACCAACCUGCGCAAUGAGAUUCAGAGGAAAAAGGCCCAGCUUCAGCGCAGUCGAGGUCCAGGAGGGUUACUGUGUAGUAGAGAAACUGUCCAGGAGGAGGAUCCAGAUGUCAAUGAGGAGGGAGAUGCAGAACAGCCAGCCCAGAAAGACGGUGCAAAGGCUACAUUUGCCACUCCUUCUCUUCCCCAAGAUUCCCAGACCUCAGAACCAGUCAUACCAUCAAACACCUCAAGUGAAUCAGACCGUGAUGUCUUAAAGACUCAGUCUCCAUCCCUAACCUACCCUCAGAACAAUAGUUUAUCCAGGUCUGUCCAAAUUCUGGACCCAGGCGCCCCGAGUUUUGGUGUUGGCAUCCGAGUUGUGGAGGAACCAGCUCCCGCUGGCAAGGCCCGCCGUUGGCGUUGGACCCCUGAGCACAAACUCCAACCAGAACCUGAUCAAGACAGACAGUGCAGAGUUUCCAAUGAGAGCGUUUUAGGAGUAACAGGGUCUCGUCAUGGAGUUUGUGCUUUCACCUCAUCAUCUACAUCAACAUACGGCCGCUCGUCUUCAGGUUCUCGAACCGAGGAUUCUGAUAUCCUUCCGUUUGCAGAUAGAAUGAAGUUUUUUGAGCAAACGAGCAAGGGCGUGUCUGUUUCAAAUGCCCUGGGGUCUAUCCGGAGCACCAGAGGGGGAGAGCCUCCAAACCAAAGGAGAUAUUCCUAUCAGGGGGGACCACAGGAAAGCUCCCUGCUUUCAAAUACUGUGGAGGCCAGGAGGCAGUCUGUGAGUAACAGCAGGGAGAGGCGGAAAGAAAAGGAGAGGGAACAAGCGAGAGAAAGGGAGGAGAGGUUGAGGGAGCGAGAGGAGAGGCUAAGAGAAAGGGAGAAGCAGCAGGAAAAGGAAAGACAAGAGAGGGAACUGGAAAUGGAGAGGGCAAGGAUGAGGGAGAUGGAGCGGGAGAGAGAGCGAGAGGAGCGGGUCCGACAGUGGGAAAGGGAAAGGGAGCUCGAGCUGGAAAGGGAAAAAGAAAUGGAGAGAGCGAGAGAACGAGAGCGACUCCAAAAUCAAAGAGAGAAAGAGCUUGAGAGAGAAAGAGAGAAGGAAAGGGAAGAAGACUGUCAGCUCACCUCUCAUCAGGAGUUUUAUCGUAGCUGUGGCUUCACAGUAAAAACUCAAGACUUCCAACAACACAAGGAGAACUUCCACAACUUCCAGCCCAAACCUCAGAUAUUCUCCCACAGCCAAACCCAGAGUCACGUCCCACGAUCAGCUUUUUAUCCAGUCAGCACCCCUUCCCAGCGACCAGAGAACCGACAAGCUCUGCCCCCGGGAUUCUCAGCACAGAGCUACACAUCUGCAGAGACUUAUCCUGCCAGGCAGCAGGAAACAAGCAAGCUCAACAGGAAGUACAGCCUGACCGAGAGGGACUACCCAAGCUGGAGGCGGGAGUCCAGACCUCCAGAGAACAUCGGUCAGUACCAGCAGCACCUCCAGCAGCCUCGAUGGGGCCUCAGACACACAGACAGCAGCACCGAUGACCACAACGGCUACGCUUUUGCACCUCCACCAGCUCCUCUUUAUCUCAGAGGUCGAGCCAUGUCCGAAAACGACCUCCGCUUCGACAGCAGCCAGCGCUGGUCCCCUUCAAUUUCCAUGGCAACCAGCCAGACCCUGAGUGAGGUGGAGGAAGGCAACAUGAGACGUGGAGAUGCAUCAAGUGUUUCCAGGCAAAACAGGAAGAAGACACCCCCUCCUCCAAGACCACCACCCCCAAAGUGGGAGCAGUUCCACCGCCGGCGAGCGUCUCACCACGCCCUGUUCUCCUCCUCAUCUGCUUCUGCUGCUCCUCACUCCAUCCCUGCCUCCUUCAACUCUCCAGGGGCUCACUAUUCAGCCCACUCGUCCACCUACGUCCCUCCACCUGACACUUCCAGGCAGAGGUCCUUCAGUCUUCCUCCAGAGAGGCAGGAAGUGGUGGAGGGCGGGUGUCCGAGAUGCAGCUGCAGUCAAACCCAGGAACGCACAAUCGCCCCGUCCAAUCAGAAUCAGCCUCAGUUUCAGGAACGCCUCAUUACCGUUGCUCCGCCUAGCCCCAUGUUCUCCAGGAGGGGAUUCAGGCCGAUUAUUUUAAUUCUCUUGUUUCUCUGUAGUUCAUCUGCGACGGACGUCAGCUGCAGCCCAGACCACAACAAAAUUACAGUCAAACCUUACAAACAGCAGCCCAGCGUGAGACCUGGAGCCGAGUGGGAGAGAGCUUCAGCCCCCAGGGUUCACAGCGACACGGCGACCCCUCCUAUUUUAGAAAACGGAGGUGUCAUCGAGGCUUCCGGUAGAUAUGCCAGUCGAACCGACUGCGAGCAACUUCGUGCGGACAGAGGCUUCCAGAUGGAAGAUCAGCAGAAGAUCCUUGAAACGGGAACCGAAUCAGAGACGACCCUCAGCCCGAGCCCGGAGCACAGCCUGGAGGCUGACCUGGACGUCCCCCUAGAGACCGACAUCGAUGACUUCCAGGAGGAGGAGCUUCCGGGAGAGGACAUUCCCAUCACAAGCGAGCUCCCGUGCUUCGCCCUCCCUGUCACGGUCCUGGAGACGGACAUCGACACGCUCCCGGAUUCUGAGGCAUCGCCGUCAGGCAGGACAAGGGCGGAGAGCAGCUCCCUGGAGGAGGAGCUGGAGGGUGGGGAGAGCAGCAGCAGAGAGGGGCUGAGCCUGGAGGAGCUCUUCCCCCAGAGCAGUGAGGGCGAGUCGGGCACAGAGAGCUGGAGAGAAGCACAACCCGUAGAGCACAGCACAGACAGCCUGGAUAGGCGGUCAGGAGCUAGCUCCAGCUGUUCGUCCUAUUACAGCACAUCAACGGCCAAGGCUCAGAUCCUGUCGCAGAUGAAGGACUUCACAGAUAACAGAGAGCGCGACAAGGAUGACGAGCUGACCUACAAGAAACAGCUGAUGGAGAGCCUCCGGAAGAAGCUGGGAGUGCUGAGGGAGGCUCAGAGAGGACUGCAGGAGGACAUCAGAGCCAAUGCACAGCUGGGAGAGGAGGUGGAGAGCAUGGUGGUCUCCGUGUGCAAGCCCAACGAGGUGGACAAGUUCCGCAUGUUCAUCGGCGAUCUGGACAAGGUGGUGAGCUUGCUGCUGUCGCUGUCCGGGAGGCUGCUAAGGGUGGAGACCACGCUGGACACACUGGACCCUGAUACGGAGCACCACGAGAGGCUCCCCCUGCUGGAGAAAAAGCGUCAGCUCAUGAGGCAGCUGUCCGAGGCUCAGGACCUGAAGGACCACGUAGACCGCAGAGAGCAGGCUGUGAGCCGCGUGCUGGCCCGCUGCCUCUCUCCAGAGCAGCACAGAGACUACAGCCACUUUGUGAAGAUGAAGGCCGCCUUGCUGGUGGAGCAGCGGCAGCUGGAGGACAAGAUCCGACUGGGAGAAGAGCAGCUGAGGGGGCUGAGGGAGAGCCUGGGACUGGGGCUGGGGCUGGGCAUGGGCAUGUCGAUGGGAUAUGGACAAUAUUAGGAACAACAAAGCUUGAAAGCGGAGAAGAAGGAAGGGUUUUUUUGUAGACUUUACUUGGAUAUGAAGAAAAGGAGAUUUGGUGAUUACGAUUUCAUCUGUCUGAGAAAAGGAUGCCAUCCUGAUCAAUUUUCAUCGUGAACCUCCGCUCUUAUUUUGAAGGAAAACUGCAUCACUUGUUUUGAGACCAAGUAUGAAACCAUUGCUAGGAGCUGAUUAACUUGGAAAUAACUGGGCUGGCUCCAUCUGCAGAUAGCGAAAUCGUCUCCUUGUCUAAAACUGACUGCCUCACAGAUUUCUGAAGUCUUCAUGUAGCUUCACAUUUAGCACCUCGAACUGCUUUUUUAAGGAUUAGCAGACCUGUACGCAGAGAAUUCAGGUCCAACACAAACAGCUGAAUCAGCACCCUGCAAGGCUCUAAGUAGGUGAGAAGGAAUGGAGGUCUCUCAACAACAGAGACCAGGAGAGAGGCACGAGUCCAAGAUGUCAAAAUGAAAAAAGACGGGGGGAAAAAAAGACUGUUAUUAUCAUUAACUACAGACUGCAGUGGAUGGAUAAAUCUAAAGAUCUACCAAAACAUAUCAACAAUUAAUCUCCAGGAUAUGCGAUCUGAGAGCACAGAGCAUGCUCAGUGUUGGAAAUGGGGGGCGAUCUGUGAGUGAAACAGCUGGUGAAGAUUCAUAGUGAGCGGCUUCUCGUGGACCGAACGGACACGUGAGAAAAUGUUGUACCCUCUGCUUCACGUUAUGAACCACGUACUGUAACAUUUAUUGUCCUCUAACCAGUAUCGCGCCACGCUGCCAAAGACAUUUUUGCUUGUUGAAUGUGUCACUAAGACGCUGCUCACUUUGUUGUUGUUGUUUUUAAUGUAUUUAAAUCUCCUGGUUCAGAGAAUUAAAGGAUUUUUUUGGUGCUUACCUUAACCACACUAAAGCCAAUAUUGUGAAAUGCCAUUUGCAGGAUUAUUAACAGCUAAACAUGUCAUUUCUACAGCCUUCAGCAACACAUAUACUGUUUUAUCUAAGCAUCAUAUUGUCAUAUCACUUUAUAUUCUUUUUACUGUAAUGUCUGUGGCUGUAAACAUGUGUUACUGUGUGGAGUUUGACACUUCACUGACUUGUUCUGCCACGGAGUGACCGUUAUGUACAGAAGAUGCGUGUUUAUAAUGUAUAUAGCGGUUUUGAUAUUUGAAAUGACUGGAAUAGGUUGUAAAAGAUGAGAAAGAAGACCGGAAGGAGUUGAAGUUUACUGUAUAGUUUGGCAGUGGAUGAAUCCAGUGUUUGGUUUGUGUUAAACUAAACUUUGUGUAUCCCUUUUCAUUUUUUCUGUCCAAUAAGCUUGUUCAAGCAACUGUAAAGUUUUAAAAAUGUUUUUAAGUCCACCAUUUUUGCCCUAAAAUUUAUAUUCGAGUCCCAAAUGUUGUAUAAAUUUUGGCUAUUUUUGAUAAGAAGAUUCAAACCCUGUCAAACCCUUUCAGAAUAUAUAAGGCUACAUCUAGCAGCCAGUUAGCUUAGUUUAGCAUUGAUGACAAGCCCGACUCUUUUUCUGCCAGCAAAAUUAAAUAAUUAACACAUUGUAUUUUGUUCAUUAAUCCAUAAACAAAGGAUUGAAAGUGUGAAAACUGCAGUGUUUUAAAGCUCUACCUCUUGAUGCUAAUGGAGCUAGCAUCUUGGUAUUUAGGAUUUAGCGGCUAAUUGUUUUAAGUUGUUUAUUUUAGCCUUGUUUUAAAGUUCAGCUCAAAUUAAACAAAACCAAUCUAAUCAGUGAGUCAUAAAGUAAAUGUUAAACACCAAUUAUUAUAAAAACAUAAGGUAAGUAUCACAAUUGAUACUGGAACAAAAGUGUAAAGACCUAGCUACUUAACAUAAUUGUUUUAGCUUGUUUUGGUUUUGUUAUAACUUUUAGGUUAACCACAAAAAACACAAAAUAAACCAUAAAUAACCAACCUAGAUACAAUGUGUUAAAUAUUGAGCUUUAAAGUGCAGUUUGUACACAUUAAACAAACAAAAUGCAGUUUUCCAUUGUUUCAAGUCUUUCUGCUAAGAUAAGCUAAGCUAACAUGCUCUUGGAAGUAGAUUGAUAUAUGUAGUGUCAGUUUUCUCAUCUACAUUUUAUCUAGAGAGCAGAUACAGCCCGUUUUAAAACUGAAUUUUGUGGUUUUUGUUGACAAAAUGGAGAGAAUUCAGCUUUCCUGAAAGAGAGAAGAACUUCUAGUUAAUUGUUUAUUGUUACAACCCUCCAUUAAACUUUAAAACAACUUCUGUCUUGUAAUUUGGGAUUUGUUGCCAAAAUCCAAAUCCAAGCUUUUUCUGCUGGCCUAAACCUCAGAAAGGAGUCCAGACCUGCCUGUCUGAAUAAAUACAAAUUCAAAACUAGAAGAGCAAACCCCAUUCCAAAGAUUUCUAAGGAAAGUGAUGCUGAAGGGAAAUGAAACGGCUCUGAAACGCUUUGGUCCAAUCUGUUUGAUCAUGUAAUUAUUGAUCAACUGAAACAAAGAACAAACCUACAUUUUAUUCCAUUAUCAUUUCAUUUUCUUAAGAUGUCCAGUUAAACUCAAAACUGUGUUACUCCCAUGUUUUGUACAUAUUAAAUGUAUUCCUGCUCUAUAAAUUGACUGGAAAUGUACUGAUUUGAAAGGAGAGGGACAGAAAGUUGCUUAUUGGACCUGAGAAAGAGAAUAAUUCUUCUGUUCAUGUUUCCAUCUGUCAUUUUGAUUUAAUACAAACCAUUUUUUGUCUCUUUUUGUAACAUGCAUUACUGAAAAGGCCUGUUUUAUAACUGCAAAAACACUCAUCUGAGGAAAAAGUACCAUAAAUAAUAAUAAUGAUAUUUUAAACCA